UUUGCCCACCAACAAUAUUUGUACCGGUGGCUUUUUUCCAAACCUAGAUUUCAGAGGCCAAACCUCAGCAGUUCAGACAGACUUCAUGGAGUCUGGCACCUUACUUGUGAAUUUCCAGAUGUUUGGAUGUUGGGGUUCCUUUCACUGGACUCCAUAUUUUCUGCCACAUUAUCGGUUGUUAUUUGUUAAUUACAAUGAUCUUAUCAGGAUCAUUAGGUUAAGUUACUGAUCUUGGCCUCAACCUUAGGAAUAAUUGAUGAUGAAUUUUUGGAGCAAACCUGCCUCCCUCUGUUUUACUAGCAAUCAGCAAUGUGGGAGCAGAGUUGUAGGAAAGAGAUCUCUACCAAGCACGCUGAGAGACCAGGGCUACAUACGGAGGCACUAGGGUUUGUACAUUGGAGGCCUGGACCCGGCUUGCAAUCCUAAAAUGAACUAGGUCUCCUCUGUGACCUGCGGUUCUCCCCCAGUUCCUGCACCAUCCAUGGUCUGGCAUGUGAGUUGCCAUGCGGGUGCUCUCCCGGCCUGCUGCUGGGUUAAAUAAACUGGAAAGCUAAAUCCAUGCAGCAGCGCUAUUGUUGGCGGGAGGGGAGGGGGGGAAUCACUGAUCCUCAUGCUCCAAAAGAAAAACAAUUAACACCCUCUCCUGCACCACCAUCCCCCCCGCACCUCCCAUGUCCCUGUGCCCAGGAACAAUUCCAGACCUGACUGCAGGCUCUGAAGGAAGAGAGAGAAAAGCUCCUGGGAUUGAAACUGACCAGAGAAAGGAGAAGCCCAGAGUACCUGCGUGGAGAGCUCGCCCGCCCAGCUGAGCAUGCGGGGUCCACGCGCCAAACGCUCUCCUGCCUGGAGUAGGCAGGAGAUGUUGGAUCUCCUUGGCCUGUGGGGAGAGGAGGCUGUGCAGGCCCAGCUCCAGUCCAGCCGUAGAAAUGCAGAGGUCUAUGAGAAGAUCUCUCAGGGCAUGGUGGAGAAGGGCUACCAGAGGGACCUGCUGCAGUGUCGCGUGAAAGCAAAGGAGCUGCGGCUCGCGUACCAGAAGGCAAGGGAGGCGAACGGUCACUCUGGUGCAGCACUGCAGACGUGCCCGUUUUACAAAGAGCUGCAUGCUAUCCUCUGCAAUGACCCCACCCCCAAGAAGGAGUCUUCGGAGGAGUCAGAGUCCCAGGGCAGUGGUGAGUUGGAGCUGCUGGAUGAGGAAGAGGAGGAGACGAAUGGGAGACAGGCGAGCGGGGGAUCCGUUGUCCCGGGGAGACAGGAGCUGUUUGUAACCCCGGAGCAGUCCAGCCAGUUGCAGCACUGCAGCAUGGCUGACCGUGAUGCUGGGGAGGGUACCUCUGCCAGGAGCGCGGCCUGGGGCUCUCCCUCCACGCCGUCGGCGGGGCUCUUCCAGAUAAGACGAAGGCCAAAGAGAACACGCGAUGAUGUGCCGCAUGAGACAAUGAACGCCUCUGGGAGGGCGCACACCGAGCCGAGGACCGCCGUCUCGGAAACAAUGGACGUUAUGAGCCGGGCGCAAACCAAGGAGACUGAGCGUCACAUGCAGCAGGAGGUGCUGGGGAUUCUGAAGGAACAAACAGACAUUUUGAGGCGUCUGCUUGACCUUCAGGAGCGAUACUUUAAGUCUCAACUCCCUCUGCGGCUCCUCCAGAACAACACUCUAACAUCGCCCUAUUUCCCCUCCCCCCCUCGCACACAUUCCACUUGGCGGAGGGACCCGAUGCAGUAUCCCUUCUGCUCAGUCCCCGGGGAGGGUGCGUGGAAUCCCAGCCGCCCGUUCACUGACGUGUGACAGGCCGGGCCCCUGCGCUUUUAAACAGAAGGUGAAUGUGCAUUCCCCCUCCCAGUUGUAUAUUCCCCUGGGGUUUCCAGGUUUUACCUCCGUGGCACGUAUUUCUGUUUCUGUGUGAAAUAAAAGUCCAUUUCUUGAAAACGAAACCAUCUUUAUGACUUCGAAGUGAAGGGGGAGGGAAACUGAGGCACUCAAGGCGGGUGAACGAGGUCACACAGAGCCAGACCUGCAGAUAGAACCCGGGAGUCCUGGCUCCUAUCCCCUUCUUGCUCUAAGCAUUAGCCCACACUCCCCAC